AUGCAGAAAUUGUUGGGAAUUCAAAGACGGUACAGCUCUCUUGCAUCCAGGUGUUCGAGGAUAAAAUCAUUCGCAGGUUUCAACCAGGCCCAGCCCGAUAUCGAAUAUUUGCAAAGGCUUGCAAGAGGCCUGUACACAGGCUUGUGCAAUAACCAAACUCUAAACAACCCUCGGUACAAGGGAACAGGCCUUGUGACGGUUGAAGGAGAGCCUGAGGGUGUUAAUCCAUUUGCAGAGCGGAUAAGCAUGAAGGGCACGAUUGUUUCGGACUUGCUUGAGAUCAUGGAAAAAGCCUGGAGGGACUCGAUGAUGGUGGUUAAAGCACUGGCAGAUUCAGAUGCUUGA